AUGGAAUAAAAUGAAUGGAACGAACUACUGUUGAGUAAAUAAAUUGAUGAUGUCGAUCUUAUUUCAUCAAUGAGGAGUCAACCCCUCGUACAUGUUGGCUUGAAUUAGAUAAAUUAGUCCAUUUUUAAUGAAUUGUAAACUAAUGAAAGGCUUGAUGCGAAACAAUUUCCUUUAGAGAAGUUGACCCACGUUGAGAUCAAUAGCUCAAGUAUUCUUUUGAUUCAAUUAAACUAGAAACAUUUAAAAAUAUAACUAAGAAGGUAAAAAAAUUGAAAAAGAAAGUUAAACGUGCAUUCAUUUCGAAAAAUAAUAUUACUAAAGUGAAUAUUACAAACUUAGCUGAGGGAGAAUCAAAAGAAAUCGGCACUUUCACCUAAAAUGAUAUCGUCUUGGAUCUUCACCAAAAUAAGAUGUCAAAUAGUUAGCCUCAGUACUUUUUAUUUCAAUUUCUAGUCGAUUGACGUACAAAUACAAAAGGACAAAUAAACUAAGGAAAUAAAAUAUGAACUUAUCAGAUAAUCUGAAUUUUGGUCCAGAACUGAAAGACAGUAAAGAACAAAAAAAUCUCAAUGAGAAUCUUGAACUUUAAAAUAAGCCGAACUCAAAUAGCGACUUAGAUGCAAGCCAAUCAGAAAAGUUCGUUUCCUACCCCUCAACAGAAACCUAUAUUACUGAAGAUCUUGAAUUAUUAGAUCAAAGUAUUUUAUUAAAUCUAUUUAUAGAAUAUUUUCAAUAAAAACAAUAUUACAUGUAUAAUUUGGUUGGGCAUUUCGAAGGCCAACUGGAAGAUACAUUUCAGGCUUAAAUGUAUAUAAGACACUUUUUAUAGAUCUACGAGAAUUUAUAAAAAUCAAAAAAUAUUAAAAUUUCAUUAACUUUUUCAAAAUCACAAAAAAUUAAGGCUCUCUCAAGUACUUAUUAGUAAAAUAACUAGGAAAAUAGAAAACUUUAGUUAUAGAUCUUGAUGAAACCUUGGUGCAUUGCAAUGAAUAUCCAUAAUUGAAAUCAGAUUUUUAUAUUCCAGUGCAGAUUAACAAUAUAACAUAUCAAGUAAGAAUUAAAUUAAACUAGGCUGGAAUUAGUGUCAGACCAUAUGCAUAAGAAUUCUUAAGAAGCAUGGCUGAAUAUUAUGAAAUCAUAAUAUUCACUGCCUCGAAUGAGGAUUAUGCAAAUCAGAUCAUCGAUUAUUUGGAUCCCUCAGGGACUUUGGUUUCUGGUAGAUUAUUUAGAGAAGACUGCAUUAAGGUGGAAUCAGGUUGUCAUAUCAAGGACUUGAGAAUUCUCAAUAGAGAUUUGAAGGAUGUAGUCUUAAUUGACAAUUCGGCUUUCUCGUAUGCUUUCCAAAUUGACAAUGGAAUCCCAAUUAUUCCUUAUCUUGAUAAUAAGAAGGACAAUGUAUGUCUAUUGAUUCUAUUGGAAUAGGAAUUACAACAUUUAGAGUCAUACCUAAAGACUCUGAUACAAUAUGACGAUUUUCGUAAAGUCAACAAUAAACUAUUUAAUUUAGAGGCAAUUCAAAAUUGCAAUUCGAUUUAGUAGGCCAUUAGAUGUAUAACUUCUAAUUCUAAUAGCCAAAAUCUAUGAGUAAUAGCAUGAAUUAUUUAUAAUAUUUGUAAUAUUGGAAUGUUUAUGUUUAGAAACAGAAUGCUGUUAAUUGUUAAUAUAUUUGUAUUCUUAUAAAAUAAUAAUUCUAAUGAAAACCAAUCACAUAUUCUCAAAGAGCAUUAGCAUUAUAAGGGAUCAUCAAUAAGAAUAUAAGCCAUCUUAAUAAUCUGGUCAGAAAUAACAGAACAGGAAGGAGUCAGAGGAAGAGAAUGGCAUUGUGCAUUCCUCUGAAAUUUUGAGGAAGCCGAUUUCCAAAAAAGUAAUAAUGAUCCAAAACACUGGUCAAUCAGGAAGGGUUCAGCCAUAGUAAAUGAACAAAAAGAAAGGGAUUCUGAAUAUCACUAAAAAGGAUGGUGAGAUAUAUAAGUCUUAUGGAUAGAAUAAUAAGUGAAGCAAAAUGGUUCAUAUUCAAUAUUUAUCAGAAAUUUGAAAGAAAAUACUAACUCAAAGGAUCUUAAGGAAUUAAUUGAUGAUGAUUCAAAUAUUUUGGGAGUUAGUGUAAGCGAUAAUUUUAAUGUUAGAUCAAUAAUAAACAAGCGACAAUCACUUUUUCAAAUUAAGCAUCUGCGGAGAAUGCUAUAGGUAAUUAGAGUUAAUGAUUUUAAUUUAGAAUUGAUAAAUAAUAACAAGGAUAGAAAUUUGGAGAUGAGAGCAGUGCCGAAUUUUAAAUAGAAUGAUAAAGUAAUAGUGAUUGGACAAUAGUCGGAUAGAAACAGAGAUGGGAGAUUGAGGAUGGAUGCCAAAGAGUCUAUAUUUGAUCGUAUUCAGAUAAAAAAAUGAUAAGUGC